AUGCAGCCGGCUCCUGCCACCGACAUCUCGCAUCACAUCUCCCGAACUCGUUCUGUACCGCACGUUACCGUCAACAAGGAACAGUUUCCGGACGCUCCGGGACCCGAUGCACGUGCAUAUCGCCAAUCCCGCGGCCCUGCCGUGGGUGCUAGUCUGGGUGUAGCCCAUGGAUCUUCUAAGAGACUCAGUCGCACUAAGAGUGGCUUCUCUAUAAAACCAGGCUUUCGCGCCGCUGCUGCCGCUGCUGCUGCGUCUGUAAGGGAUUCUAAUCGGCCCCAUUCGCCGGUCGUCCGCCAUCACUCUCAAAGGCAGGUUGCUUCCCCAAAUACUCCGCAACUCCGCCCUCCGGGAUCUGGCAUCUCACCACUUCCAGAGACAGGCGUCUCUCCAGCUCCGAGAGUCUCGCCAGUUCCGAGUCCUGGGGUGCUUCGUCCACUGUCGUCCAAUCCACUUGGGGGCUACGCUUCCAAGCAUACAUCGGCUUCGAAUAGCGUCGAGAGCUACAUCCCGGCCGACGGUAGAAAAGCCGUCACUCACAGUCUACAUGGCAGUGCUCGAAAAGAGUUGUUUCAGAACGCAGCUCAGAGAUUUUCCAGCACCGACUUUGCCUCGCACGCCCUCACGUCCAUGCGACUUGCUGGUCGCGCCGUGUCCCCAAAUGACGCAAUGAUGGAUGUCGAUCACGAUUAUGAGCAAAGAGAGCCAAGCUCAUCGAGCCAUGAUGCCAAGCUCGCUUCGAGGCCGAGUAGAGUCAAGACCACUCCUGACGCUAAACGAGCUCAAAACAGGGAGAGCGCCAAGCGUUUCCGUGUUGCUCAAAAGAAGAGAUGGCAAGAGCUUCAAGAGACUGUCGAACGAAAGGAUCAAGAAAUAUCGCGUCUCAAGAACAUGCUUCAGGAGGUGACCAACCAAAAUAUUGCUGCCACCUCACGCCUCCCAGAAAGAGAGGCACUGGGAUCAACAGAGAAAGCAGAUUCACUCACUGCUGCUGAAGCUGGGAUGUUUGUGAAACUCAUGUGGUCACCGUCGACUCCGGAGGAAGAACGCGGCAAGGGAGAGGAAGGAGCUAUUUUGCCACCCUUAGCCGCCAACAUUGGGAGCCUCUAUCGAGUAAUUGUUGCAAAAUUGGAUGGGUAUGUCUUGGGUAACAGGCACGUUGAUAGCAGGUGUGGUACAGCAAUGGGUGGCCAGGUUGGAAGUCUAUUGUGGGAGCAUGUCCAUUCGAGUGAUGUCGCUCAUCUUCGCUUUACAGUUGUGCAUGCUGCCAGAAUGGCAUCAGUUAUGAAUGGUGAACCGAACGUGUUUUCUUAUCGCAGAAGGCAACAUGUUGUCAAACGGGAAGGUCAUGCCGAAGUUGGAAUGGACAAGAUCAAGUACAUGCGCAUGAAAGGCUGUUUGUAUCCGAUCUCUGACGAAAAUGGCCAUGUCGUUCAGGUUUUGCUUGGGGAAUUUAUCGAGAUAUGA